AUGGCGGGAAGCCAAUCCUCACAUGGUGCUACUGCGAGCAACAGCAUUGAUGUUGAAGGCGCAGGUGAAGAGGCUGGGAAUGGUGCUGUCAAUCCGAAGUAUCCUUUCUGGAAGCAUGCUACAAAACUAGCAGUAGACCCAUCAGGUCGUGGAGGCAACAUGCGUUUCCGUUGCCACUUUUGUAUGAAUGAUUUCUCGGGCAGCUAUACUAGAAUAAGAGCACAUCUUCUUAAGAUAGCAAGUGUAGGCAUAAGUGCGUGUAACAAGAUUACACAUCAUAUGUUUGAGGAACUUGGCAAGCAAGAUAGGGAAGCUGCUCUACUUCUUGGUAAUACUAAAACUAGGAAAACACUUCCUCUACCACCUUAUGAAGAAUCUGGUCGGUCGGCAUCAUCAAGGAAAAGGAAGGCAGCAGGACAGCAAUCCGAGAUUUCAGAAAGUUUUCAUUCAGAGCUUCGACAACAAGCUGAUGCUCUUAUUGCAAGAAUGUUCAUCACCGGAGAGUUGCUGAUUUGUUAUUCUUGUUUGUCCUUUGUAGGAGUUCAUUUCAAUUUAGCAAGAAAUCCUUACUAUCGGGUGUCCUACAAUUUUAUUGCAAAUAAUAAAAUGGGUGGCUAUGUGCCUCCUGGAUAUAAUGCAUUGAGGACAACUUGCCUUGCAAAAGAGAAGAAGCAUGUUGGGAGGAUGCUAGAGCCCCUCAAGUCCACAUGGCCGCUCAAAGGAGUGACUAUUGCAACUGAUGGUUGGUCUGAUCCUCAAAGGCGGCCAAUUCUAAACUUCAUGGCUGUGACAGAGAGUGGCCCAAUGUUUCUUAAGGCAAUCAACACUGAAGGAGAGACCAAAUCCAAGGAAUAUAUAUAUGAGAAGAUGAAGGAAGUGGUUGAGGAGAUUGGAUCUGAGAAUGUGGUCCAAGUGAUCACAGACAAUGCAUCUAAUGUGAGAGGUGCUGGGUUGAUGAUUCAAGCAAAAUACAAGAAUAUUUACUGGACUCCUUGCAUUGUGCACUGCCUCAAUCUUGUGUUGAAGGAAAUUUGUGACCCAAAGAAGGAUGAUAUUGAUGAAUAUGAAGUUCUUCUCUUUAUAAAAGAGGUUUCUGACCUAGCUGCCUUUGUCAAGAACUUCAUCAUGAACCAUGGCAUGAGGUUGUCUAUGUUGAAUGAGUUUAGCAAACUCAAGUUCCUCCAAAUUGCAGAAACCAGAUUUGCAAGUGUUGUCAUCAUGUUGAAGAGGUUUCUUUUAAUCAAGGACGCACUCACACAAAUGGUUGUUCAUUCAAAUUGGGCUACUUAUAGAGAGGGUGAUCCUAUUACAGCUCAAAGGGUGAAGGAACUCAUUUUGAGUGAUGUGUGGUGGGAUAAAAUUGAAUAUAUUGUCUCUUUCACCUCACCCAUGUAUGCAAUGAUAAGGUUGACCGACACGGACAAACCAUCUCUCCAUUUGAUAUAUGAGAUGUGGGACGACAUGAUAGAGAAGGUGAAAGUUCCCAUUUAUCGUUAUGAAAAAAAGGAACUUCAUGAAGAUUGUGCUCUCUAUAUCAUAAUCAAGAAAAAACUUCUUAAACGUUGGGCGAAGAGUAAUACCCCACUCCAUUGCUUGGCUCACUCAUGCAAUCCAAGGUACUAUAGUCCAAAUUGGGUUGGGGCAGUCCGUGGCCGUGUUACCCCCAUUGAUGAUCAUGAGAUUUUACAAAUGAGAAACAAGUGUUUGUUGAAGUUUUUUCCGGACCCAAAUGACUACAAGACCGUCAAGAAAGAAUUUGCAGAUUUUGCUCUAAUGAUGAAUGCCUUUCAGGAUGCAGAUUCAAUUGAAGAUAGAGAUGAUUUUGAACCAAAGCAAUGGUGGGGAACUCAUGGAGGAAGCAAAGUUCUUGAAAAGUUUAGCACUGAAGUUACUUGGGCAGUCCUCAUCAUCAUCUUGCUACAAUCUGAUGCUUAUCAUGCUGGGCCAAGCCGGAUGUGGGAUGUGGGUGGAGAUGGGGUUGAGAGCUUCACUGGUGUUGGCAUGCUUGAAGGUGCUGACCUUACACUUGAUGAACCCGAAUUGGAGGCUGAGAUUAUGGAUGCUCUCACUUGA